ACUGCUACUACUGCUACUGUUGCUGCCACUGCUGGAAUCCUUGGCUGAUAGAGGUGGUAGUGCACUAGAUUGAGGCGAGGGUUAAGGUCAGGCCAAGUUGAAUUCAAUUUUGGUUGAGGUAAAUUUUAGGUCAUGUCGAGUCGCGAUCAGACCGUUCGGAUCAAGGGCAGGUCAAAGUCAAAUUUAGAUUAAAGUUGAAACAUCGUUGGUGAAAUGUUCACUUUCAACGUUUAACAGUGGACACGUCUAAGGUCAAACGUGAAGGGAUGAGUUGUCACGUGGUGUAGCGUUAAAUAAAGAAGAUAGAGUUGGACGUUGAACAUUUAAAGAUCAAGGGUAAGGAGCGAGAAUAUACAUUUGAAGUGAAAUGUGAAUGGUUGAGGAUGAAACGUUAAGUGCGGUAUGGUCUAAGGCGGAAAGUUAGAAGGUUAAGGGUGAACAUUUAAAUGGUAGAAGGUCUGAGGUGAAGGUUGAAAGGUUAUUGAUGACAUUAAAGUGAGCGGUAAGUGUGAAAGAUAUAGGGUGAAACGUGAAAGAUGAAAUGUUAAACUUACAGAAAUAUUUAGGUUCGGAUGAUAUAGUUUUACUUUGAAAGUAAAAAUGUUAAGGGUGUAAAGGUUAGCGUGUUUGUGGAUGAAGGCGGAGAAAAUGAGUGAAGGGUGAAGUUCAGAUCGUGCUCGGAGUUUAAGGUUAUCAGUCAGAGGUCAAGGCAGGAGGAAGUGUUGGGGUCAUGACCCUGGCAGUGCAGUGCUCACUGAGCCAGGAUGGCCGCUUCAACUGCUCCGCGCCGUCGCUGGGCCCCGAGGAGAGCUGGGCGCUGGCUUUCAUCUGCUUCUCUCUCGCCGCCCUCACGGUCAUGGGCAACCUCCUCGUGGUGGCCUCCAUCGCUUUAUUCAGACAACUCCAGACGCGCACCAACGCCUUCACACUGUCUCUGGCCGUGGCCGACCUUCUCGUGGGCCUCCUGGUCAUGCCGUUCAGCGCCACGCGCUCGCUGUACGGCUGCUGGUUCUUCGGACGAAUCUUCUGCAAGGUGCACACGUGCCUCGACAUCCUCCUGAGCACGGCUUCCAUCGCACACCUGGGCGCCAUCGCCUUCGACCGCCACACGGCCAUCUGCGACCCUCUGCGCUACCACCAGCGCCUCACAGCCGGUCGCGCGGCCGCCCUGGUGGCCCUCUGCUGGGUGGGUUCGGCCCUGCUGGCCGUGGGCCCCAUCCUGCUCGGGUGGAACACGGUGGGCAUCGAGGAGCUGGUGGCCUCAUCCUGCCCCGACGCCUGUGUCCUCCUGAUGAACGCCCCCUUCGCCAUUGCCGCUGCCACCUACUGCUUCUUCGCACCGAGCUUCGUCAUGGUGGUCACGUAUAUGCGCAUCUACCGGGUGGCACUGCGCCAGGCGCGGGCUGUUCGCAACGUCGUCCCAGUGUCGUCCGUGGCAUGGGAACAUUGCGACAUCAACUCAAGACCGGAAAAGAGAACGGACCAGAGACGGGAACGUAGUGCCACCAAAACCUUGGGAAUAAUCAUGGGGGCCUUUGUCACCUGCUGGUUGCCCUACUUCUCACUCACCCUGCUCGACCCAUUCACGGGGUUCUUGGCUGAGCCCUGGGUGUGGGAGUCGACUGCGUGGCUCGCGUAUAUAAAUUCAGCGCUCAAUCCCAUCCUCUACCCAGCCUUCAACCGGGCCUUCCGUCAGGCCUUCCGCCUGGUGUUCACAUGUGCAUGGCGUUCGCGGAACGUGAGGCGCGCCAACCUGGCCUAGUGAAGGAUGGGGCGCGCUUCACCAUACCUUCCUUCUAUGCAAUAUUGACAUCUGACCGUCUGUCAAGAUAUUACUCUAACAACGUGACCACUGCCACGUCCGUUCGGUUGAAGUAUAGAUUAUCCUUUUGGUAAACAGACAAUGGAUUGCGUUUAUCAAAAUUUGGUUUUGGACCGAUCUUACGAUCUUACGAUCUCACCACCACCUUCCGCUUCGUCACCGACCUCUGGGUGCCACCCAUUUGUUUCGGUAACUCGGGCAUCUUUAGCAGAGACCACUGUGGCAGCUGCAAUGGGUAGCUACUCAGGUCGCAAGCCCUCGACGUUCCUAGCCCCUCCCGCUUCGACCAUUUCACCCCCACAGUCCGGGGUAUGGGGCAGCCAGUCAAGUAGGACCUGGUCGUUAAGGCAGGGAGU